AUGGCGUCAAAAUUUUGGUUGACUGUUUGGUGUGCGCUAGUUAGCUGGUUUCCGCUGCUGGCCAACGGUUACCUGAACGUCUUCAUUAGCCACCGCGAAGUUAUUAAAUUGAUGGGCCUGGAAGCGGACUUGUUCUACGUGCACGAGGGUGCCAUCAACACAUACGCCAUGCAUUUUACGGUGCCGGUGCCAGCAGAUGUACAUGAUUUAGAGUUCUCGUGGCAGAGUUUGACCACGUACCCGCUGCCCUAUACUAUCACGAUCGACUAUGAGCACGACCAGACCGCGUUAGCAGCGCCCACGCUAAGCAUACCCGACAAGGGAUAUGUGCCUCAGAAAAUUGAAACGUUUCUGGUGCAUUUGCCGUGCACGGGGAAUGGCAAUAUGGAGGUACCGCUUGUCGUCAAUAUGUUGGUGAGCGGUCCGCCGCGCACUAAUGACACCAAAUUGCAUUUUAAACGGAAUAAAAUCUGCCUCAAAGGUUUAUUUCCCGCCCCGAAUCAGUCAGCAGCGCCCGCUCAAGCGCCCUCGCCGGGUCAUGCGUUGCUGGGUGCCGCGGCCUGUGCAUUAGGCCUGGUGCUGGUUGUUGGGCUGAUUGCGUCGGCUAUGUAUGUGCGCGCACGCAAGCAGAUACGUCAGGACUCAUUGCAUACCAGCUUCACCACCGCCGCUUACGGCAGCCAUCAGAACGUUUUCAUACGCUUGGAUCCUUUGGGACGUCCACCCAGCGCGAACAGUGGUUCCUACGCGACUAUCGCCAGCCUGAAUAAGUACCCUUCGGAGUCGAAGAAAUCUUGCAACAUAUUUGACAGAUUUCGCAGUUCGACGCCAACACCCUCCCCCUAUGCGACCGCCUUACUACCCGUGGGCAGCGAUCAAAUGGCUGAUACAAUUUACUCUAAGCCGGAAUCGAUUUGUCCCUCGAGAAUAUCCUAUUAUGCCUCGUCGCAGCUAACGCAGGUCUACAGCAUGUCCACACCGAAGAGCAGUCGCGGUGGCGGCAAUGGCAGCAUUUUCGGUGGCGCUAGCUCCUCGGCUGGUAGCGGCAGUGAUCCAAAAGAGAAACUUCGACGAAUUCCUAACGUACAGCCGGGUACACUUAUGUGUCAGCAUCUCAUCAAGGAGGGUACUUAUGGGCGCAUCUACGCUGGCAAUUUAGGUGACUCCUGCGAUGUAAUUAUCAAAACGGUCGUCGAUGGUGCUUCACUGACACAGGUUGCUUGUUUGCUGCAAGAGGCUUCAACGCUGAUCGGUGUAAGUCAUCAGAAUAUACUGACACCUUUAUUGGCGAACACCGAACUGCCAGGGCCGCCCGAGAUUGCAUAUCCCUAUCCGUCCAAGGGCAAUCUGAAAAUUUUCUUACAGAAGUCGCGUGAAUUGAAUUCGCCACUCAGCACCCGCCAGCUAGUCGAGUUCGGUUUGCAUGUAACCAAAGGGCUGGCGCACUUGCACUCGUUGGGCAUUAUUCACCGCGAUAUUGCAACGCGUAACUGCUAUCUCGAUAUUGAUUCCUAUGUGAAAAUUUGUGAUAGCGCUUUGUCGCGCGAUCUUUUUCCCGACGAUUAUCACUGCCUGGGUGACAAUGAGAAUCGUCCGCUCAAAUGGAUGGCCUUGGAGUCCUUACAGAAAAAGUACUUUAACACUUACAGUGACAUUUGGACUUUGGGUGUACUUUUCUGGGAGUUGGCUACCUUGGCGCUUACUCCUUUUGAAGAGGUAGACAUUUUUGAGUUGAGCGCAUACCUCUCGGAUGGUUUUCGGCUGGGCCAACCUAUCAACUGCCCUGAUGAAUUUUUCACGGUGAUGUCCUGUUGCUGGCUGGAGGAUCCCAAACAACGGCCCUCAUUCCCCCAACUACUCGCAUACUUACAAGAUUUUCAUGAAGAUCUUGGCAAGUAUAUAUAAAUACUACUGGCAUCAAGAGGC